CCGGUGACGACGUUCAGUGAAUUGUCUUGUUCGUCAGGGUCUUUUAGAUUUUUUCUGGGACGUAAACCUGGAUUUGCUUGUCAUGCUGUUGCUGCAGUGGAUAGUUCCACUUUUAGUGAUUGGAGGAUGCUCCGCUGGGCCGCAGAACGUGCUCCUACUCCUGGCUGAUGAUGCUGGCUUCGAAUCGGGCGCCUAUCUGAACAAAUUCUGCCAGACGCCUCAUCUGGAUGCACUGGCCAAGCGUGGAUUGCUGUUCAACAACGCGUUUACUUCGGUGAGCAGUUGCAGUCCCAGUCGGGCACAAUUGCUCACUGGUCAGGCCAGUCACUCCAGUGGAAUGUACGGACUUCACCAGGGCGUUCACAACUUCAAUGUCUUGCCGGAGACCGGAUCGCUUCCGAAUGUGCUACGUACGCAAAGUGGCGGUGGGAUCUUUAGCGGCAUCAUUGGCAAGAAACACGUUGGAGCUGCUUUCAAUUUCCGUUUCGAUUUCGAGCAGACAGAGGAGCAGCAUUCGAUCAACCAGAUUGGCAGGAACAUCACUCGGAUGAAGGAGUACGCCAGGCAGUUCCUAAAGCAAGCAAAGGACGAGAAGAAGCCCUUUUUCCUAAUGGUGGGCUUCCAUGAUCCACAUCGUUGUGGCCACAUUACACCGCAGUUUGGCGAAUUCUGUGAGCGCUGGGGCAGUGGUGAGGAGGGAAUGGGCAGCAUUCCCGACUGGCAGCCCAUCUACUACGAUUGGCGCAAUCUGGAGGUGCCCGCUUGGCUGCCCGACACGGAUGUGGUGCGCCAGGAGUUGGCUGCGCAGUACAUGACCAUCUCCAGGUUGGAUCAGGGUGUGGGUGUGAUGCUCAAGGAACUGGAAAUGGCUGGUUUGGCAGAUCAAACCCUCGUGAUCUACACCUCCGAUAAUGGACCACCUUUUCCCGGGGGCAGAACUAAUCUCUACGAGCAUGGCAUACGCUCACCGCUGAUUAUUAGCUCUCCAAGGAAGGAGGAUCGCCAUCAUGAAACCACGGCAGCCAUGGUUAGUCUACUGGAUAUAUAUCCAAGUGUGCUGGAGGCUCUUGAGAUUCCCAAGCCGAAUGACACCAAGAUCGUGGGAAAAUCCAUACUGCCUGUUUUGAGAGAAGAACCUUCGAUUAAGGAGAGUGACUCGGUGUUUGGCAGCCACAGUUACCACGAGGUGACCAUGGCCUAUCCCAUGAGAAUGGUGCGGAACAGGCGCUAUAAGCUUAUCCACAACAUCAACUACUGGGCGGACUUUCCCAUCGACCAGGACUUCUACACCUCACCCACCUUCCAGCAGAUACUGAAUGCCACAAUCAGCAAGCAAUCCCUGCCCUGGUAUCGAUCCCUGCUGCAAUACUACCAGAGGCCCGAGUGGGAGCUGUACGACAUUAAGGCCGAUCCCUUGGAGCGAUUCAAUCUGGCAGAGAAGCCCAAGUACAAUGGCACCCUCAAGCAGCUGCGACAACAGCUCUUCGACUGGCAGGUGGCCACCAAGGAUCCCUGGAGAUGUGCCCCGCACGCAGUCCUACAGGAGCAGGGCAUCUUCAAGGAUCAGCCCGCCUGUCUGACUUUGGGCCACGAGGCACUGCAGCGAUCCAAGCGCAAAAUACUCAGCCAGUACGAAGAGUAUGUGGUCCUUUCCUAGGUCUGACCAGGUAAUUCUUAGAUAGUGUUUGUUGUCUUAUCGCACCUUGAAUAAAAACACUCUGCAGUGCUGAUAACACAA